AUGGCUGUAACGAUGGAGCUUGAGGAGAGCGUGUCAGACUCGAAGUUGCACAAGGACAGUACGAACAAAAAGGAGCUACGACCUUUGAGCGCUGUCUCGUUCUCCAAGUCGGACCAUGGACCAGAAACGACGACUUCUAAUGAGCAACUAAAGCAAUACAAGAGUUGGGUAAGCACAGACAGAUGGAAUGAGCUCAAAAAAUUAGCUGACGCUGCCAUGAAGGAGCGUAAAGUUUUUAUGAUCAAAGGCGGUGGUUUCCCGGCUGUCCGCAGGGCGUUGCUAGAUAGGGGUUGGCUUGAAAAAUAUGAACCAAACAAGGCUCGUCAUCCGCCACCAAACUUAGACCUUAAGAAAGCAACAGGCAAAGAGCUCUCUAAAGUCGAAAGGAUGAUUUUGUACAAAUUCAUGGAACAGCAUGCCGUGGAUUUCCUUUGGACAACCAAAAGGGACAAGUACGACUGGUUGCUUAGUAACAAGGAAGUUAUUAUUAGCAGAUUUUGCAGGUCUAUUUUCACAACUAAGGAGGGAUUGACGACCUCUUUGACACAAAUGCAUUGGUACACCGAGCCAGGAGUGGCUUUAACGAGGUUUCCGCGUAGCUACAACAUACACAAUUCCGAUAGCCUUGAGGAGUUUAUCGAUGACUUCCGAAUAACAGCAUGCAUCAGCGUCCUCAAAUGGCUGUCGAAUACGUUACUAAACGGCGGGGAACAAAGUCUGGUUGUGGCUCAAGGGAAGGUGCCGUUUAGUGCAAUAGAGUUUGCUGUGACCAGGUUAAACGAGUACAUAUCUUUUUUUACACAUAAGGAUAUCGAUGACACUGAAGACCAAGCGCAGCAUAUUUGGGAACAUGAGUGGGAUCAGUUUUUGACCCAUCAUUAUCUUCUGGUUCAUGAAAAGGCGAAAUUUAUGGAAGAUAAAAAUGUUAACAUAAGGCAAUUGGAGAGGAAAGCGACGAAAGUACUAGCAUCUAUGACAAAGUUCUGGCCACAAAUCGAUAUUGACGGAGUUCUGAACAUCUGGAUCGUGAAGCCGGGCAACAAAUGUCGCGGCCGGGGCAUCCAACUCAUGAACAACAUCAAGGACAUCAUAGGCCUUAUUAACAUACCCGCUCAGAAGACUAGAUAUGUCGUUCAGAAAUAUAUUGAAAAUCCACUUGUUAUCUACGACACAAAAUUUGAUAUCCGGCAAUGGUUCCUUAUUACAAAUUGUCAACCGCUGACUAUUUGGAUGUAUAAGGAUAGUUAUUUGCGAUUCAGUUCUCAAAUAUUCAGUCUGUCAAAUUACCACGAGUCGGUUCACUUGACUAACAAUGCUGUGCAGACAAAGUACAAAAAUAACAACGAGCGUGACAAAGCAUUACCCGACGAAAACAUGUGGGACUGUCACACUUUCAAGGCUUAUCUCCGACAAAUAGGAAAAUAUGAAUUAUGGGAUACGAAAAUAUACCCAGGGAUCAAGCAAAGUCUCAUUGGGGCGAUGCUCGCCUGUCAAGAGACGAUGGACAAGCGACAAAAUAGCUUCGAACUCUAUGGUGCAGACUUCAUGCUCACAAACGAUUUUACGCCAUGGCUCAUAGAAAUAAACUCCAGUCCAGACUUGGCCCCAACUACCUCAGUUACGGCUCGCUUAUGCCCACAGUGUCUUGAGGACGUGAUAAAAGUUGUUUUAGAUCGUCGGUACAAUCCAGAAGCAGACACAGGAACGUUUGAAUUAGCAUACCGACAAGUGGUACCAAAAGCUCCCGCUUAUUUAGGACUAUCUCUGUCUGUCAACGGUAAAAAGGUGUACAAAAAGAAGGAGAAGAGACAUGAGCCUAAGUUUAUCAGUACACCAGAGCCAAGAGCAUCUUCAGGUGAUCUCAAUGCAGACUUAGACCAACCAGUACCUCCUGAGUAUACAGGUCCAAUCAUCACGGACUUUCUAACAUGGCUGAAUCCUUAUGACGCUUUGCCGACAAAUAGGGAUGGCAUUGUGCUAGCGCCAAAGGAAUCCCUCACGGUACGUCGCGCCAUUACCGUCGUUAAAUCGGGAAUUGGUAAUAGCUCGUCCAAAAAACGUAAAACGUCCACCCUUUCUUCUAGGACUCAUCGAGGAAAGCGGGAAAGAAACUUUACCGAAUCUAAGCGACGAAUUGUACCUCACUCAUGCUGCCGGCCGGAUGAGGCCAAGCAAGCUAACAGUACUGUUAAAUUUCGUACAGAAUCUGCACGCAAAACGGACAAGCCUAAAAUUGAUAGAUCGGUUGGUAAUAAAAGGUGCUAUAUAGAUCCUCUUGAUUGGGAGCGAGAAACAGCUAGUAUACUAAGACCCACUAUAUCAGUUCAGAAUAAAAUGGUAGCCAAAGUAGACACAGUUCCUUCGAUUAUAUUAAGUCAAACUAAAUCAGGUCUUCUAGGAACACAAAAAUUAUCAGGUCCUCAAAAUUGUGGAGAUAAUACAGAUUCUAUAAAAAAAUUGAGUGCUGUUGGUAGAAGUAUUUGUAAGCUCAGAGAUGAAAAUAGGAGUUCGCAUAAAGCUAUAAGUUUCUCCGAGAUUUGCACAUCUAUAUACGCACCGUAUAGAGUUGUAGUAACUCCAUUAAAUGAUGAGCCUCAAAUUCCUUUUCCGAGAAGAAAGGGGACCUAA